GUCGACGUCCCCCACAUACAGCCCACCACCAACACCCCCCGUCUCAUCCAUAAUCAACAUGCCUGAAUCCCGCGAAGACUCUGUCUACCUCGCCAAGCUCGCCGAGCAGGCUGAGCGUUACGAAGAGAUGGUCGAGAACAUGAAGCGCGUCGCUUCAUCCGACCAGGAGCUCACCGUUGAGGAGCGCAAUCUCUUGUCCGUCGCCUACAAGAACGUCAUUGGUGCCCGCCGUGCGUCGUGGAGAAUCGUCUCCUCCAUCGAGCAGAAGGAGGAGUCCAAGGGUAACGAGGCCCAGGUGUCGAUGAUCAAGGGCUACAGGGAGAAGAUUGAGUCAGAGUUGGCCAAGAUCUGCGAGGAUAUCCUCGACGUUCUCGACAAGCAUCUCAUUCCUUCCGCUGCCUCUGGCGAGUCCAAGGUCUUCUACCACAAGAUGAUGGGCGACUACCACCGUUACCUCGCUGAGUUUGCCACCGGUGACAAGCGGAAAGACUCGGCCGACAAGUCCCUCGAGGCCUACAAGGCCGCCUCCGACGUUGCCGUUACCGAGCUCCCACCGACACACCCUAUCCGUCUCGGUCUCGCAUUGAACUUCUCCGUCUUCUACUACGAGAUCCUGAACUCGCCAGACCGUGCUUGCCACCUUGCCAAGCAGGCCUUCGACGACGCCAUCGCCGAGCUCGACACCCUCUCCGAGGAGUCGUACAAGGACUCUACCCUCAUCAUGCAGCUCCUGCGCGACAACCUCACCCUCUGGACCUCGGAUAUGCAGGAUUCAGACAAGCCUGCCGAUGCCAAGGAUGAGGCUGGUGAGGCACCUGCAGACGAC